UUAAAAAUAACCAACAGUCAUUCAGAAACGUUCAUCGACACAAAAAAAAAUAGUGCGUUCAAUUACGUUGAUCAGUCAGAAAUAAACAAAGUUGAGUUCACGUUCACUAAAAUUAGCAAUACAUCAGUAAAUUUUGUUGAUUGAGGUCUUUAAGUCACGGUACAACAGAAACAUUUUACGUCCCUACAAAUGUACCCAAAUCGUACAAUUUGACCGACUGGGAUGCCGUAGUGAUCCAAAAUGGUGACGUAAUGCGCAUGCCCCAUUGCAUUUGUGUCGCGGAAAGUGCUACUCCCGGAUAUUGAUGUCACAUUGGGAUAAUAGCCAUGGAUUCCAAAAGUCACGGUGUUGUGGAGUUUAUGAGAGAGGUUGAAGAAGCAGCUGAAGAUGUCUUAACAACCAAACAACAGAUCGUUGACCUGGACAUAAAAAGAAACAGGAACAGAGAAGCACUGUGUGCACUGAAGAAUGGUAUGUGUUCAGAAAAGGUGAAGGUUUGUUUUGGUCAUAUAUUCGUCAAACUCCCCAAGUCCAAGGCAAGAAAAAUGAUUCAGAGAGACCAGCAACAGCUGGACAGCAAACUGAAUGAACUUCACAAGCGACUAAAAUCAAAUGUCAAUCAUCUAAACGAGACACAAGGAAAGCCUGAGCUGAGCAGCUACAACCUUUUACCACUGUCCACUAAUGAAAUGAACGCUAUGAAGAGUGUCUUAAAAGGGCGAUAUCAGAUCUCAUCUAUCGCCCACAACAACAUAUAGGUUGCAUGUAUACACAUGUAUGUAUUAUCUUGGUGACUUCAAAUUCACAGGAAAGGCCAUUCACUGCUUCUGUUGAUCCACUUGUUUUGUUUAAUCUUACAAUAUUGAUGUUCUGGAUAAUAUUUUCAAUAUUACUGUAAUAAACACUAGGAAACAA